UUCAAUGGCUUCUCCACUUCCAAUGGCCUAAAAGCCACAGACCUCGUUAGCAUCGCGUUUCUUUCUUACUCAGAUUAUUGAAGGGCCAUUUGUGAUCUCGAGAAUUACAGGAACAACGAUCAUGGCUGCUGCUUCCUCAGUCUCGGUUGCAUUCAAGCCCGAAAUCAAAUCCAUCCCAGCUCCCGUCGCCCAAUCCCCAUUCCAGAAGCCCUCGGUUUCUCUUUGCAAGUACAAGCUCCGAUUCCGGGCGCAGUCGGUGGCGCGUGAGGUUCCCGCCGGAGUAUCGGCGGCGUCCGGGAACAACGAUGUGGUUCCGAAGUCGAAGGCGGAGGGGAUAGUGAAGGAUCCGCGGCAGCUGUGGAAGAGGUACGUGGAUUGGCUGUACCAGCACAAGGAGCUGGGGUUGUACUUGGACGUGAGUCGGGUCGGGUUCAGCGACGAUUUCGUUGGCCAGAUGGAGCCCCGGCUUCAGAAGGCGUUCAAAGAUAUGGAGGCGCUGGAGAAAGGCGCGAUUUCCAAUCCCGAUGAGGGGCGUAUGGUCGGCCACUACUGGCUCCGGAGCCCCCACCUCGCUCCCAACUCAUUCCUCCGCCUGCAGAUCGAGAACACUCUAGAAGCCGUUUGUAAGUUCGCCGACGACGUCGUCGGCGGUAAGAUCAGGACUCCUUCCGGUGGCCGAUUUACUCAAAUUCUUUCGGUUGGAAUUGGUGGUUCAGCACUUGGACCACAGUUUGUUGCCGAGGCUUUGGCACCUGACAACCCUCCUCUGAAGAUAAGAUUCAUUGACAACACUGAUCCAGCUGGCAUUGAUCAUCAAAUAGCGCAACUUGGGCCAGAGCUGGCAUCGACACUUGUUAUAGUGAUUUCAAAGAGUGGAGGCACCCCUGAAACUAGAAAUGGUCUACUAGAAGUACAGAAGGCCUUCCGUGAGGCUGGCCUGGAAUUCGCAAAACAGGGAGUUGCCAUUACGCAAGAGAAUUCAUUGCUUGACAACACUGCCAGAAUUGAGGGUUGGGUUGCUAGAUUUCCUAUGUUUGAUUGGGUGGGUGGAAGAACUUCUGAAAUGUCUGCUGUUGGUUUGCUUCCGGCUGCGCUUCAGGGAAUUAACAUACGAGAGAUGCUUGCUGGCGCUGCAUUAAUGGACGAAGCAAAUAGGACUACUGUGGUCCGCAAUAACCCUGCAGCACUUCUUGCUCUAUGUUGGUAUUGGGCAACCGAUGGAAUAGGAUCCAAGGAUAUGGUUGUUCUUCCUUACAAGGAUAGCCUAUUACUGUUCAGUAGGUAUUUACAGCAGCUGGUUAUGGAGUCGCUUGGCAAAGAAUUUGAUCUCGAUGGUAAUCGGGUGAAUCAAGGGAUCACAGUCUAUGGAAACAAAGGAAGCACAGAUCAGCAUGCUUACAUCCAACAACUGAGAGAGGGUGUGCACAAUUUCUUUGUGACGUUUAUCGAAGUACUGCGCGAUAGGCCCCCGGGUCAUGAUUGGGAACUUGAACCUGGUGUCACUUGCGGUGACUAUCUUUUCGGAAUGUUACAGGGAACGAGGUCAGCUCUGUAUGCCAAUGACCGAGAGUCUAUCACGGUGACUGUACAAGAAGUGACACCUAGAUCCGUCGGAGCCCUAGUAGCACUCUAUGAGCGAGCUGUUGGGAUUUAUGCUUCACUUGUCAAUAUUAACGCUUACCAUCAACCGGGUGUAGAAGCAGGUAAAAAAGCCGCGGGAGAAGUUCUAGCCCUACAAAAGCGUGUUCUUGCAGUACUUAAUGAAGCCAGCUGCAAAGAGCCAGUUGAACCGUUAACGUUGGAAGAAAUUGCUGACAGAUGUCACGCCCUCGAAGAUAUCGAAAUGAUCUACAAGAUAAUCGCGCACAUGGCAGCCAACGACAGAGCUCUGAUCGCUGAAGGUAACUGUGGUUCACCUCGAAGCGUCAAAGUUUUUCUGGGCGAGUGCAAUGUCGAUGAGUUGUAUGCCUAGUUCACUAGUUAAACACGCCUGAAAUAAAAAGAAAAAAUCGAUUUUUUAGACUUUAGAGCCCCUCCCUCGUUCCUCUAUUCCAGAGUCGUUGAAUGCUAUGCUAUCCCUGUCAAUCAAUUUUCAAUGAGCAACACAUACUCUUUCUUUCUUUCUUUGUCUUUUUUUGUUUUUGGUUUGAUUGCGUUGCCCCCGCUCCCUCUGUUUUGGAAGAGCAUAAAGAGAAUAUCGGCCCCGAGAUUGUUCAUUGACCUCAACUGUUAUUGUCAGGCCAGCAGGAAUUUGAUGUUUGUGAAUCUUUGAUAAAUAUCUGGUUUGUUACUUUCCA